AUGCGAGUAUGGCUGACAGAUUUCGAACAUCAUGCAAAACUUCAUGGAGUCAGUAACUUGGAUUUAUGUGCACGAUAUAUUGCCAGCUAUAUGCCUCAAGAUAUCCAGAACUGGCUAUCACGACGAGCUCCACCAAUUUUGGUCAAAUGGACUCUCAUGAAAGAAGCUUUGAUUGGUAGAUUUGGUAUUUCAGAGGAAAUCGACAAUAAGCGACGUCUCAAAGAACUCAAAAAA